GAACGAAAGCCAGCGGGACAGAAGAACAGCGUCCGACGUAAAGAGAGCAUGUGACGGUGGAGGUCGCUGUGGUGGAGCUGUUGCCGGGCACGGGUGUCCAGGGGGAUCCCGGGGAAGCGCACGCUGUGACGAAGAUGGCAGAAAAGAGAUGCGAGGUGCCACUGGAGAUGGGCGAGCAGGUUGAGUGGGGUCUCCCUGCACCCAUAGAAACUGCGGCAGAAGAAGGCAGCAAAACAGCACUGCUUUCCUGAGGAGGUAGGAGGACGUAGAGCAGUGUGCCUCGUCUGUAGACAGGCAGGGCUCCGUGGCGGAGGUGAGCGAACCCACCAACGCGAAUUUGUCCGCGGCGCAAGAUUCUUUCAUGCAGAAAGCGUCCAGCCUGCCUGGAGCCCCAACGAGCUAUUUAAAGUUAGAGCGGCAUGGCGGAGGAAACGCCGCAAAAGGAGGGUUGCGCAACGAGGAGCAGCUGGUUUUACGAGCGUCACGGCAGGCUCGGCGUGUGGCGAAGCGACAGAGAAAUGAGCGGCAAGUAGGGCGGCUUGCCCUCCCCGGUCCUCCUCCGAAAGGCGACUGAGCAGCAAGGCGUGCGGAAAGACGACCAGGGCUGCAAGGCAGAUGUUCACCCCCGACGACGGAGCUGGAACAGCGUGGAGUGGCUACAGAGACUCGACCUGACGGUUCCGUGCAAGAAGGUCGGCAAAAACCACAGGGGCGCCACCAAGAAGUCCACCUCUGGGACCAGCGGAACGUGACUCUCUUCUCUCAAGAAUGGAGGAAGGGUGAGUCCUAUUGGAGCAUAGGUGGCGUCCACUAAACAGGCGUGGGAAUACUUUUUGGGGACCGCGCCUUUGAGAAGAGCUGUUUCCUCGCAUCAUUUUACUGAGAGCUGUUUCCUCGCAUCAUUUUACUGAGGUCUGGUAACUGAAGUCUGGAAAGUCUGAAAACUUAAGAUGGGAGGCUCUUCGUCCAAACCUCAAACACCUCAGCAAGUGUACAGGCCUCCUCCCAGUCCUGUAGUAAAUGAAUCUGAAAAACUUCUUGAUAAACCAUGGAGGGACAUUGAAUGGACUGCAGUGAGAAAGGAAAAACUGUUAAAUGAAAUCAAGAGGUACAAGCCCAGUGUCAGUUCAGUGAAACAGGCACGGAUUCUGCUGGUUGGUCCGAUUGGUGUUGGAAAGUCCAGCUUCUUCAACUCCAUCAACUCUGUCUUUCAUGGCCAUAUUACCAGCCAAGCUGUGACAGGCACCACUUUAGAAAGCAGCGUGACCCUCAAGUUUCGCACUUACCAGGUUGAGGCAGGUCAAAAUGGUGAACCUCUGCCAUUCAUCCUGUGUGACACCAUGGGACUAGAGGAGGGCCUAGCACAAGGGCUGAAUAUUGAAGAUAUUCCUAACAUUCUGAAUGGUAAAAUUGGAGACAGGUACCAGUUCAAUCCUGUAUCACCUCUCGAAGACAGCAAUUCCAGGAACCCAGAGAAACUGGAAGACAAGAUCCACUGUGUUGUAUAUGUUCUCGAUGUAUCCAAAAUGGGACUCAUUCCAGAAAAGCUGAUUGACAAAAUUCGUGCAGUUCGAAAGAAAGUCAAUGAAUUUGCUGUUCCUCAGGUGUUGCUUCUGACCAAAGUGGAUCAAACAUGCCCCCCCGUAGAGAAAGACAUACAGAAAGUGUAUCACAGUGUAUACCUGCAAGCAAAGAUCAAGGACGCAAGUGCUCGUCUGGGCAUACCACUGCUUUCUGUGUUUCCAGUGAAAAACUACACCCGCGAGGUGGAGCUUCAGCAAAAUGAUGACAUCUUGCUACUUAGCGCUCUUCAGAAAAUACUUCAUUUUGCUGAUGACUACAUGAGGGACAUGAAUGACAAAAAACUUAUUAGACGUCUUGAAGAACCAUGGAGGAAAAUUGUGUGGAAAUCAGAGAAAAAGAAUGAGCUGAUAAAUGAAAUCAAGAGGUACAAACCCAGUAUCAAUUCAGUGAGUCAGGCACGGAUUCUGCUGGUUGGUCCUGUUGGUGCUGGAAAGUCCAGCUUCUUCAACUCCAUCAGCUCUGUCUUCCAUGGUUAUGUUACCAACCAAGCCAUCUCAGGCAAUUCUGGUGAUGGUGUGACAACCCAGCUUCUUCCUUUCAGGAUUAAAGCAGGCGAGGAUGGCAAGCCACUCUCAUUCAUUGUGUGCGACACCAUGGGGUUGAAAGCGGCUCCAGGUGAAGGAGUGCAUGUUGAAGACAUUUGCAACAUUCUGAAGGGGCAUGUUCCUGAUCGGUAUAAGUUGAAUACAGCAUCACCCUUGAAAGAAGAUGACCCUCAGUUCGACAAAUCAGUGAAACUGCAAAACAAGAUCCACUGUGUAGUAUAUGUGAUAGAUGCCUCUAAAGUCACAGACAUGCCUGAGCAGCUGAUGAAAAAAAUUGCUGCUAUUCGACAGAAUGCCAAUGAGAUUGGAGUCCCCCAGCUACUUAUCCUGACCAAAGUGGAUGAAGCAUGUAUUUAUGUGAAGAAGGACAUACAGUAUGUGUACCGCAGUCCAUAUAUAAAAAAGAAGAUCCACGAGGCGAGUGAUCAACUGGGCAUACCAGUGUCUUGUAUAUUUCCAGUGAAGAACUAUACCCAUGAGACUGACCUGGAGGAGAACUGUGACAUCCUGCUGCUGAGCAUUCUUCAGCAAAUUCUCCGUUUUGCAAACAAUUACUUUGACAGUAUCUACGACUGA